UUUUUUUAUCAGUCCCUUUAUCGACACAUUUUCCUUAUCCGAUUAUAAAUUGUUUGAUUUAUAGUGAUAGGAAACCAAUAUCAUUAUCUUAUAGAAAGGAAUAAAUUUGAUUUGUUCAACAUUUAUAUAGACUUUUUUGCUUGAAACAAAAAAGAGGAAUCAUUUCGUUGGGACCUACAUCCACGAUCUUUCAUUUUACCUCCAAAGUCCAAGGAAAAAAGUGAUUUCACUAUAUAGAUCAAUAAAACAACCAGACCAGGUCUUUAAACACUAAAGUCAUUUUUAUUCAUUUGGGAUACAUUCAUUUGUUAAUCUCAGCAAUCAUUAUACACACACAUAGUAUUUUCAUAUAUCCACACACAUCAUGGACUCGUUGAAAUUACCAACCACUGCUGCUCAAGCAAAAGCAUUCACUGCCCCAAAUUCAUUGUUAUUCCCAAAAGGUAUUGACGGUGAACAACAACAACAACAACAACAAAAGACACCUGAAACUGACAUUGUCAAGAAGGAAGAAACCAGUGAUAUCAUUGAACCAAAGCAAGAUGAAGAUGAUGGCGCUACUUCUGGUAUUGUUCCAACCUUGCAAAACAUUGUUGCCACUGUGAACUUGGAUUGUCGUUUAGACUUGAAGACUAUUGCUUUGCAUGCUCGUAAUGCUGAAUACAAUCCGAAACGUUUUGCUGCUGUUAUCAUGAGAAUUAGAGAUCCAAAAACUACUGCGUUGAUUUUUGCAUCUGGUAAGAUGGUUGUCACUGGUGCUAAAUCUGAAGAUGAUUCUAAAUUGGCAUCUAGAAAGUAUGCUAGAAUUAUUCAAAAAUUGGGUUUUAAUGCAAAGUUUACUGAUUUUAAGAUUCAAAAUAUUGUUGGUUCAUGUGAUGUGAAAUUCCCAAUCAGAUUAGAAGGGUUGGCAUUUUCACAUGGUACUUUCUCAUCUUAUGAACCUGAAUUAUUCCCUGGGUUAAUUUAUAGAAUGGUUAAGCCUAAGAUUGUUUUGUUGAUUUUUGUUUCUGGUAAGAUUGUUUUGACCGGUGCGAAGCAAAGAGAGGAGAUUUAUGCCGCAUUUGAAGCUAUUUAUCCUGUGUUGAGUGAAUUCCGUAAAUCAUAAAGAGGCUAUCAAAAAAAACCUAACCUGUUUUUUGCAAAUUUUGUAUUAUUAUUAUUAUGAACUAAUUGUUUUUUUUUUUGAAUUUGAUUUUGUAUAUUAUUUUGACUUUGUUGUGAAGAGAGAAGAAGAAGAAGAACAAGGUCGACAUUACAUUUAAGAAGUUUUUGCAUCUUAAAGGGUUUGUCUUGAUUUUCCAUUUGUUACAUUUUUUUUUUUGAAAUUUUUGAAUUUGGUGUGUGGUUAUGGCGGGUGUUAAUAUUGAUUUUAUUUAGCAUCAAAAAUAGUAAUAUGCAACGGGAUAGUUGUGUAUUUAAUAUAUUUAUUCAAACUGUAUAUAUCAAUACUUUGAUAUCCUCAAAUAGAUAUAUCUAUAUUACAAUCGUGUAAAGUCUAUCUUGUAUUUACAGGAAGAAACUACUUAUCGAUUUUUGAUUGCCUUUUUUCUGAGAUUUGUCAACUUUCCUACUAACAUAGUUUAAUUUAGGUCUCUUUGCAGGUUGUUCACUUGCUGAGUCUUCAGCCUGGGUCAGUGAUUGCAGAUUUGCCGAAUCCAGUAGAGGAGUUACUUCUACCAGAUCAGUCGACUUUGAUUUUCUGGGUGCAAACAACAGCGAGAUAUCUCGGUUUUUCGUCAAUUUAUAAUGCAAUUUUGCCUCAAAGGGAAGGGUGACGCAAGGCAAUACAACCUCCUCUUCUUGUUUCAAAUCAUCAUAGCCUGCCUCGAAAUCAGUAAAGACAGGACAAUGAUCCGAUCCAAGGAUAAACUCCCAAAUAUCUGCCUGGGAUACCAGUUUUACCAUAUGGUACGAACUAGUCAAUAUUAAAUCAAUCCUUGAUCCGAAAUUCACCGCUCGUGAGUUUGUGAGUGUGUUCCACACUGUAUACAUUUUCAUUCUUCUACCUUGCAAAAAUCUGGUUGUAUCAUACAAGAACUGUUUCCGGUGUGAAUCACUGGGUGAGGAUUGAAGGCUCAAGUCGUGCCAUAGACCUGGUAUGACAUAUUCAUUGAGUAAGUGUCUUGCAGGUGUUGAUUUCUUGAAGUCACAGCAUUGCUCAUAGUUUAUGGUUUCGAAAUUGUUUCCAUUUGGAGAAUUUUUGCCUAGACGAUUAAGCACCAUGUCUUCUAUCGUUUGUGCAUGGUCGAUUAAGUCGGUGCUGAUGUUGAUAUCUCCCAUUAUUAGAACUUCUUUACCUAAUUUGAAUUUCAAAUUGUAACAUCGUUCAAAUAAUACUUUCAUAAACUUUAAUCUAAAUUCUUCCCCUUCUUCGGUUCCCAGAGAAUUUGCAGGGCAAUAUAAUGAAAAUACAACUAGAUUAUUCGUAAAUUCAAUCACAACGCAUCGACCUUCACUAUCUAGAUUCAAUCCUUGUUGUGAAUCUAAAUCGUCCACAUAACCUCCAAUUUGUUGUUCUUUGUCCAUUGUACGAUAUGAUAGUUUUGAAUUCCUCGGGCAUAACCAGCCUGUUAUUCCUUCUUCUGCUUUAACAACAGUUAAGGAUCUCUUGACCGCAUUUGACUCGUUUUCUUGUGGUAUUCUUACGAAAACUCCAACUCCGCUAUACCCUUUCUUGACCCUGGGUAAACUAAUAAAGGACUUAUAAUUUUGCAAAUGUCCAACAUCCUUAAUGGUGCUCAAGUUAGAGGGUGAUACUUUCAACUCCUGUAGUGUUAUUACGUCAGCUUGUAACAGAGUGAAAACCAGGUUCAAGUCAUUAUUGAACUUAGUCCAAGGAUGGUAGUUGAAUAAAGUUUUGGCACCGUUGACGUUGAAAGUAACGAAUCUUACUGAUUGAGAUGACUUUUUUCUAUGGAUCUUGUUAAGAGGAUCCUGAGUUUGAAGGUCUUUGAUAUUCAUAAAGCAUUUGUCUAGUUGUUGGUUUACCACGAGAUGAACGCGACAUUUAAUUUUCCACUCCAGGUUUC